AUGCCGGGGGCGUCGCACCAUCGUCAUCGGCAGGCGAGCGUUCCGACCGAACGUCGCUCUGUCUCGCCAAGCUAGUAUCAAACCGGGAGUCGUCGAGAGGGUCGACUGAUCCAACCCUCCGGGAAUCGGUCAAUUGAUACCGCGACUAGCUAUCAAGACGAUAACGGUGGGACUGGAUUUUACGUGGAUUUCGCGCGCGCGUUCGACUUGUACAUCCAGUUUCGCCUCGGAGAGAGCCUCCGGGUGGUGAAGAGCGAGAGAGAACGAGAGCGAGAGAGAAAGAGAAAGAGAGAGAGAGAGAAAAAUGGAGCGCGCGGCCGGAUCGAUCGCGAUACGAACGGAUGGCUGACUCGAGAGUGAACCGCGUUCAGGGUACUGGUCGUCUGACGGCUUAAACAAGCGAUCCGUGCUGUGCCGGCGCCAUUCGACGCCAACCACGAGCCCACCACGUCGGGAACGGCGUCGUCACGAACGUCGCCGUGCGAUCAUCCACCGUGUCUCUCUCUCUGCGAUUCUGCGUCGCGACGCCGGGAGAGGGAGGGAUACAGAGAGCUGGUGUGUGGUGAAAGUGCCUCAUCGCGUGAUUAGGUCGAGGUCGUGUCGCUGGGACCGCUCUCUAUCCGGUGACCUUCGGUGCUGGAGAUGAAGCUCGUCGAGGUUAGAUGACGUCCCUCGCGAUUCCGGACUGAUCAGCAGACGCUUCGUGUGUCGUUUCGCCGCCGUUUUUCCCGAAACGUAUACGUAUAUAGCCCACUAAAGGAGAAAGUGUGCCAUCGCGACGCGACCGUGUUACGAGACGACCCGAGGGGAUCACGACUAGGCACCCUCGACACGAAGCAAUACGGGGGUUAACGGCUCCCUCGGCAUCGUGGAAGUUGUUAUUUGGAUUGCUAUGCGCUAUCAAUCCGAGGAUUCUUCAAGAACCGUGAGAGACAGGAAGAAACUGAAGUAGUACUAACGGUCCUUUAAUAAUUGUUGAAUUUUCCAUAUCCUUAUCUUUUCGAUAGGAUUUGCCGAUUAGACUCUCAAAUAAAUCGAAACUUCUUCAGUGAAUAUACGUGAAUUAUUUUAUCAUCAAGUCCUGAAGACUUAACUUCUUUUUCGAUAAUUGUAUGCCGUCUUCGAUGUUAACGAUUGUCAUCUAUCGAAUAAAUGCGAUAAAAUAAUCGAUCAGUUUCUCGGAAACCAAAAUCUUGGAGAAAAUAAAAAAACGUUAAUUGUAAGGGUUGCAAAGAAAGAAAGUUUGCAUUGUAAAAGUGAUUAGAACGUAUUGAUAUUAUUUUUGUUCUUUCAAAUGUAUUUAAGUGACUGUGGCCGAUUGAUGAUCCUCCGUAAAAAGAUGUUAGUCAUGCUCGAAAAAGUUGCAUUAUACUAAUCAAACAGUGCAUUAGGAAAUAAAUAUAAUUAAUGUUUUCUGGAAAAAGAUACUGUCCUAAUUUAAUUAACAUCAAACAAUCUGUUUAUUUUUUUUUUUUUUUUGGAUUGUACAAAAAAGUAACACAAUAAACAUCUGAUUAAAGCGUUUUCUCUCCAGGAAACUUUUUAUUAUUAACUGAUUGAUACACAACUUAAAAUUAUAUAAACGUGUUAAUAAAAAGAUGUGCAUUCUUGUCGCGUUUCCAAUGUUUCUAGAGUGUAUUUGAAACGUAUACAUUUACAAAUUUUGAUGCAUCCAACUGACAGACUGAACCUGAAAUUGAAGACAUAUCCAGAAAUAUCGAUUUUUAUUGAAGCAAUGAAUGAAUUUCAUUAAUUAAAGUAAUUUUAUCGAAGAUAAAGCAUAAAAGUAUCAUUUUAUGAAUAAUUAUUAUCACAAAGCAAAGUUUUCUCGUAAACAUCCAUUAUUGGAAAUUAUCUUGAGAAAGAAAAGAGAGCUCCUGAAAUGUAACAACAAAAAUAAAUUACAAACAUUCAGAGAUUUGUUCAAACGGUGUCGGGAAAUGAUUCUUCUCAGAUUGUUUAUUAAUAAGUUACGAGAGAUGAAGAAAACGCUAAUCGAAGACAUUUGAAGAUAUUUACAUUGCAAAAGAAAGACAGAAAUACGUACGAGAGAGAAACAUCGCGUACUCUCGCGAACCGCGUAUCACGCCCACCACGGGUGCAUCUCGCACGAAUCGCGCGUGCGUGCUCACGUGCUCACGGAUGCAGCAGCCGGGUGUCACAACGUGGCCGACGUCACGCACCCACGCUUCGGGCUCCUACGCGGAAUGCGUAUGAGCGCGUGACGUCAUCGCGCUCCGAUAUCUAACGGACGAAUGAGCAGGAUCUAGCGGUAAGGAUCUGGAUUCAAGAAUUGAAUCAUGCGUCAUCCCUCGCUUAUACCGGCGCCGCUUUUGCCGGUGGUGCUCCUGCUCGCCUGCCAGGUGGCCCGUUCGUUUGUGCUGGAGGGCUCCGCGACCAGCUAUGCACAAUUUCGCAAAUGGAACGCCGGCCUGAACGGCACCCUGGAAUUUGAAUUCAAGACCGACCAGGGUAACGGGCUGUUGCUUUACACGGACGACGGCGGCACGUACGACUUCUUCGAGGUAAAGCUGGUUGAGAGCGCGCUCAGACUGAGGUACAACCUCGGUGGAGGUGCACAGAUUGUCACGGUCGGCCACGAUCUCGGCGACGGUCAUUGGCACAAAGUGCAGAUCACCAGGUGCAACGAGAAUACCACCCUGACCGUGGACGGUGUCAGCGCGGUAUCCACGUCGCGCGGCAAGGAGUUCGAGUUCGGCAAGCUCGCCGGGAACUCGGACGUCUACGUGGGCGGUAUGCCUAGUUGGUACAACAGCAAGCUCACACUGCUGGCGCUGCCCAGCGUGAUAUUCGAGCCGAGAUUCAAUGGAUUUAUUAGGAAUCUCGUAUACGCCGAUGGGGAGAAUACCAUGCCCAGGAGGCAGGAGAUGAAGAGUCGGGAUGCCAAGUGUGGUGGCUUCCCGUGUGUCGAGAGCGCCAACAAACGCAAAUCGUCGAGGACCUUACGCAAUAUUAUGAAUAUAACAGACGCUUGCGAGACUCGUGAUCCGUGUCAGCAUGGUGGCAUUUGCAUCUCUACGGACAGCGGACCGAUCUGCGAAUGUCGCACCGGCGAUUACGAGGGCGCAUACUGCGAAAAAGACAAAGCCCCUUCGGAAGCGUCCUUUAGAGGGACCGAGUACCUCACGAUAGAUUUGAGCAAAGGAGAACCGGUGCUCAGUACACAGGAAUCUAUAAGCCUUCAGUUCAAAACGAGACAGCCAAAUGGACUUUUAUUUUAUUCCGGAGAGGGUGAUGAUUAUCUCACCGUGUCACUGAGAGACGGAGGCGCCGCGGUAGGAAUGACACUGGCAAAAGGAAGAUUGGAUCUGCAUAUAAAACCGGCCAGGGUGCGAUUCGACGAUAAUCAGUGGCACAAGAUCGUCGUCCACAGAAAGGUCCAGGAGAUCUCUUCAAUAACCAGCUUCUGCAGGCUCUCUGCUAUUGUCGAUGGGAUUUACGCUGAGCACGGACAUACCGCAGGAUCUUUCGCGCAUUUAGCAAGCGAUCGACUUCUCGUCGGCGGAGGCGCCGAUGCGAGAUCCUUGCAAGGCGCUAAAGGGAUCAACAACUUCGUCGGAUGUCUAAGAAAGGUGGAGUUUGCUGCAGAGGGAAUCAAGAUGGAAUUGAUCGAAGCGGCCAGAAGCGGAGCAGCGGGUGCUGCGGCUUGGGGAAAGAUGGAUUUUCACUGUCGUGAGCCAAGAGCCUCGGAUCCGAUCACGUUCACCACCAGGGAUUCGCAUCUCAAGGCCGGAAUGACGAUAAACAUGAGGCGACUCCACGGCCUUGUGGUCACCUUCACCAGCCCAGAGUCCCACCUGGUUCUACCACCUUGGAAAGCCGCCAAGUCCGGAAGUAUAUCCUUCAAAAUUCGUACCAACGAACCCAACGGACUGAUCAUGUAUAGCCGUAGCGGAGCUCACACGAGACAAGAUCUAUUUGCCUUUGAAAUUCUUGGCGGACAUCUUUAUCUACAUGCCGAUCUUGGAAGUGGCCCCGUUAAAGUAAGAUCGUCAAAGACACGUAUCGAUGAUGGCGUUUGGCACGAUGUCGCCCUAAGAAGGGUCGAGAGGGAUGGUCGAGUCACUGUGGAUGGUAAUUCAGCCGAUUUUCGUACACCAGGUGAUUCCACGCAAUUAGACUUGGAUGGUUUGUUAUAUAUCGGUGGUGUGGGUGCACCAUUUGCGCCCUUAACAGUUCCGCCCGUUCUAUGGACGGGCGCCCUUCGACAGGGCUAUGUGGGUUGCAUGAGAGACCUCGUUAUUAAUGCGCAUCCGGUAGAUAUUGCAGGAUAUGCGCAACAACAAGAUUCCGGUGCAGUGAGACCCGCAUGUCAUAUUCAACCCCCACAUUGCCCUUCACAACCGUGUAUGCACGGUGGCCAUUGUCUCGAAGGGUGGAAUCGAUUUCAUUGUGAUUGCACCAGCACACCUUUCACAGGACCUACUUGUGGCAAAGAUGCAUCGACACUACAUUUAAACGGCACGCAGCAAAUGACGGCACUGAUGCCGGAAGAGUCCAGAACACAGGCCGAAGAAGUCAUUAUACGGUUUAAGACGACUAGAGCACGCGGCCUUCUAUUAGCGACAAGCUUGGAAAACAGCGCCGAUCGUUUACAAAUUUAUUUAGACGAGGGCAAAGCACAGAUGCUAAUUCACAUCGGAGAUCGGGAAAAAUUAUUGGUAGCCGGACAGGGUCUUAACGAUGACAUGUGGCAUACAUUGAGGUUCUCCAGACGGUCCAAUUCGCUCAAAUUCCAGGUCGAUGACGAAGCAGCCAUACGAGCGGAAACGCAACUGGGAAAGCAGAGUAUCUUGGAGUUUCGCACCCUCCACGUAGGCGGAUAUCCUCACGCGGGCGAGGACAUAGCGCAUUUCGUGGGCCAACUGCAGCAGAUCUGGUUCAAUGGAUAUCCAUAUCUGGAGAUUGCGCGCAGCGCUGGAAGCCAUCAGGCCUCGCAUGGUGUUACGCCCAUCAUCAGGGUCACCGGCAAAUUCGGGAAGAGAAAUCAUCCGGUUCACCAUCCGGUGACAUUUACCUCCAAGCACACUUUUGUGGGCCUUCCGGUGCUCAAGGCGUACGUGGAAACUAACAUCUACUUUCAGUUUAAAACGCGUGAGGCGAACGGCCUGAUACUUUAUAACGCCGGAAGGGAACAUGACUUCAUUGCAGUCGAGUUGGUUAAUGGACACGUUCACUACGUGUUUGACCUUGGCGAUGGAGCCGUCAGGGUCAGGGACACCUCCAAGUCCAAAUUGAAUGAUGGCAAAUGGCAUGCCGUCAGCAUCGGUAGACCUGCUUCAAAGAGACAUACCCUCGCUGUAGACGAUCACGUGACCGCUGUCAAUAGCCAGGGUGGCAAUGAAAAUCUCGAUCUUGAUGGCAUUUUGUACAUAGGCGGAGUGGAAAAAAUGCAGUACGGCCAAUUGCCGAAGCAGAUUAUCAGCCGUCACGGAUUCGAAGGAUGUCUGGCGUCGUUGGAUCUUAGUGGGGAAAGCACCGAUCUCAUUACCGAUGCCGUCGUACCGAGUUCGCUCGUCACAUCCGGGUGUGACAUUUAUACCAACUUACAUCCGGGCAAGAAAUGCACGCAUGAUCUCUGCGCCAAUCAUGGCACAUGCGUACAGCAAUGGAAUAGUUAUACAUGCGAUUGCGACAUGACGAGUUUCACUGGACCGACCUGUAAUGAUGAGGCUAUCGCUUACGAAUUUGGGGCCGGAAGAGGAAUUAUCACAUAUACUUUCCCGCCUGAUCGUCGGCCGGAAAUGAAGAGGGACACCGUGGCCUUGGGUUUCGUCACCGGCGUUAAUGAUGCCGUACUGCUUAGGAUAGAAUCUGCAUCGAGUAAUGAUUAUCUCGAAAUAGAAAUUGUGGAAGGUAAUGUUUUUGCGGUUUAUAACAUGGGCACCAAUGAUCAUCCAAUCGGCGAGGUUGGCGUGAAAGUUAACGACAACCAAUAUCACGUAGUUAGAUUCACCAGGACAGGACCGAAUAGCACGUUACAAGUCGAUGAUUACAAUCUGCAAUCUAAUCAUCCGUUGGGUCAUCAACUGACAGUGUUCAACAGCCAGUCUACUAUUCAAGUAGGCGGUCGAUGGAAUCGCAGCAAGGGCAGAGUGGAACGGCCAUUCUUGGGCGUAAUAGCCGGUCUGGUCGUUAAUGGUGCGAGGAUCCUAGAGCUGGCGGCAGCCAAGGAUGGUAAAGUUAUAACUAGAGGAGAUGUGCAGCUUUUACCAGCCGGAAGUCUCCUCGAUCGCGCCGCGCCUUUACAAAGAAUGCAACAGACGCCUGCAUCCGGUUUUCCCGGCGUCGUAGAUGAUCUUAUAUUCUCCGGCGCCGGAAGCGGUUGCGCUGGCGAUGACGAGGACGAGGAAUGCACCCCAAUCUACGAAUCUGGUUCCGAUGACAUCAUCACGCCAGUAUACGUAGCGCCCACGCGAUUGCCGACAACAUUAAGGCCAAAGCUUCACAAGGAAAAUAUCCAAGUGAAAAUAUCUUGUGACGAUGAGGAAGACUGCGAGGAGGGUUCAGGCGAUCCCAGAACAACGGAAGAGAUUUUUGUCACCUCGGCCACCGACAUCAGCUCGGUGACGUAUACGACGCCUCGCGAGUAUUCGACGAGCCAUAUCAGCACGCAGACGUCGUCGGCGUCGUCGACAACGUUGAACCGCGACGUCGUCACCGUCUCCGUCCAAUACAAUGUGUCAACCACAGACCUCGAGACCAGCCAUGGCAGGUGCGUGCGUCUGUCAGCGAUAACGUUCGCAAUUCAAUCUACAUAA